AGCUUACAAAAAAGCUCUUGGAAUGGAACAGUGAUCUCACUAUACAAAGGGAUGAAAACGGGAGUACGCCUCUCCAUUUUGCUGCAGCUCUGGCACAGCAAAGUCAGCGAGGAAGUAUAUGUUGGCAAGUAUUGGAAGCGAACUCAGCUGCAUUGUAUCAGUCAGAUUGCAACGGAUUAUUUCCAAUACACGUUGCUGCCUCUGUUGGUGAAAGUGGGACAGUAACUAUGUUCCUUAACAAGUCUCCAAGCAGUGCUGGUUUGCAGGACAGUAUGGGAAGGACAUUCCUUCAUGUAGCUGCUGAGAAAAGGAAAGUUAGAAUAGUCAGUUCUGCUUGCAGAAAUCGAUCACUCUUAUGGAUUCUUAAUAUCCAAGACAAUGAUGGGAACACUGCACUACACCUAGCUAUCCAGGCACGGAGUCUUCGAAUGUUUUGUGCUUUGUUAGGGAAUCGACAAACACAUUUGAAUUUAUCAAAUAAUAUGGGGCAAACUCCUCUAGAUAUAUCACCAUAUGGGGUUCCCCCAGGAUUUUUUGAUGAACAGAACAGUGAAGCGAAGAUACACUUUGCACUGACAGUUGUUAAUGCUAGGAGUGGUGGCAGUCGUCGUGAUCACUUUGAAGAAAACUACACUCGUCAGUUAAAAUAUGAUGAAACAGAACAAUUAGAAAAGUUGAAAGAACCAACACAAACACUAUGUAUUGGUGUGGCUCUAGUUGCAACUGCGACGUUUACUGUUACUUUUGCCCUUCCUGGAGGUUACGGAGCUGAUGAACAUAUUAAUGGAGGAACACCAACACUUGCCGGGAGGUAUGCAUUUGAUGCAUUCAUAAUAGCCAGCACAUUCUCCUUCGUCUUGUCUGUGAUGGCUAUGAUAGGUCUCAUGUAUUCUGGAUACUCUAUUUUAAACCCACAGACUCGUAGAAUUUACUUGAUCGCAGCCAUGUAUUUUGGGUCAACAUCGGGCACAUGCUUCCUAGCAACUUUUGCAUUAGGUUUGUACAUGGUGCUAGCACGGGUUGCUCACAAGUCCGCCAUUGCUAUCUGCGUCAUUAGCCCUCUUGCUGUUAUAUGCAAACAAAUGGACCUUUGGUUAAAGUGGGCUCUUCUGGCACAACCAUUAUGUACCCGAAUUGGGCUAACUCGUACACUGGUAAUGGUGACAACGAGAAUCCUUUUCAGCAUGUUGAUGGAAUUUUGGCCCAUAAUAUUCAUUUUUGUUUGGGCCACAUAUACAAGCAACCAGUUUUAGAAAUGGAGCAUAUGCAACUACCAGCACUCAUGACUUGAAGAUGCAUCAAACACAGAACUUUUUCGGUGAGAUGUUUUCAUGGACGUCCCGGGGGUUUGGGAUUCAGGAUUUAUUGUAGUCGUCAGUCUAUUUUUCUCUUCGGAAUAUUUCGUAUGUUUGGAUAAUGUUAUGUUGUGAUGUACCGUUUUGUUCAACAAUUUGCGCUCAUAAUCAUGUAAAUGCUGAUUACCUCUGCUAUUUAUAACUUCUUUGAAUUA